AUGUCGCGAUCGCGGAUCUGUAUAGCAUUAUUGGCAACCCUAACGCUGUGCUUAUUCUCAUCGACGUCCGCCGACGACGUCGUCGUUUUGACCGAAGACAACUUCGAGAAGGAGGUUGGUCAAGAUCGUGGAGCUCUCGUUGAGUUCUACGCUCCUUGGUGUGGGCAUUGUAAAAAGCUUGCUCCUGAUUAUGAAAAGCUAGGUGCAAGUUUCAAGAAGGCAAAAUCUGUUUUGAUUGGAAAGGUGGACUGUGAUGAGCACAAGAGUCUUUGCAGUAAAUACGGGGUUUCCGGGUACCCCACCAUCCAAUGGUUUCCUAAGGGGUCUUUGGAGCCCAAAAAGUAUGAAAGCUCACGUACCGCUGAAGCCCUUGCUGAGUUUGUGAAUAAUGAAGGAGAAGAGGCGCUGGCUCAACAAUGCGAUGCUUCUAGCAGACCAAGGUUGUUCAGCCAACGAUUAACGAUGGCAUCGAAUGAGACUCAUUGUCUCGUAGGUUUUCUCCUCAUAGGUUCUUUGUCUCUCGACGAACGAAGAUAG